GCAUGCUUAGAGUGGUUGAAAAAGCCGUAUUUUGUUGAUAGUGUAAAAAGAGAACACGUGAAAAAUCGGCAAACAUGGCGGCUGUUGCAGCUGCAAAAAUCCAAGAAGUUCGUGAAAUCACAAGAAUAGAAAGAAUUGGUGCACAUUCUCAUAUUAGAGGUUUAGGGUUGGAUGAUAGUUUUGAACCUCGUCAUGUAUCCCAAGGAAUGGUUGGUCAACUUAAAGCACGUCGGGCUGCAGGUGUUGUUCUUGAGAUGAUUAAAGAUGGUAAAAUAGCAGGCAGAGCUAUAUUGUUGGCAGGUCAACCUGGUACUGGAAAGACUGCUAUUGCUAUGGGAAUGGCACAAGCUUUGGGGAUGGAUACUCCAUUUACUUCAAUGGCAGGUUCUGAAAUAUAUUCUUUAGAAAUGAGUAAAACUGAAGCUUUAACUCAAGCUAUUAGAAAGUCAAUCGGUGUUAGAAUUAAAGAGGAAACAGAAAUUAUAGAAGGUGAAGUAGUUGAAAUUCAAGUGGACAGACCUGCUACAGGUGUAGGUGCUAAAGUUGGUAAAUUAACAUUGAAAACAACAGAGAUGGAAACAAUUUAUGAUUUAGGAAACAAAAUGAUUGACAGUUUGAUGAAAGAAAAAGUACAAGCUGGAGAUGUGAUUACAAUUGACAAAGCUACAGGAAAAAUAAACAGACUUGGAAGGUCAUUCACUAGAGCCCGCGACUAUGACGCAACUGGUUCUCAAACUCGCUUUGUGCAGUGUCCUGAGGGUGAAUUACAAAAACGCAAAGAGGUCGUACAUACAGUAACCUUACACGAAGUCGAUGUUAUAAAUAGUAGAACCCAUGGGUUUUUGGCAUUAUUCUCUGGAGAUACAGGAGAAAUUAAAUCAGAAGUACGAGAGCAAAUAAAUGCUAAAGUCGCCGAAUGGCGUGAGGAAGGAAAAGCAGAAAUUGUUCCAGGCGUUUUAUUUAUCGACGAAGUUCACAUGCUGGACAUUGAAUGUUUCUCGUUUCUUAAUCGUGCACUCGAAAAUGAAAUGGCACCAGUCGUUAUCAUGGCUACAAACAGAGGUAUUACAAGAAUCAGGGGUACAAAUUACAAAAGUCCACAUGGCAUUCCAAUAGAUUUAUUAGAUCGUAUGAUCAUCGUUCCAACUAGUCCUUAUCAAGAGAAAGAAUUGAAAGAAAUUCUAAAAAUAAGAUGUGAAGAAGAAGAUUGUGAAAUGGCAGACGAUGCUCUAACGGUUCUUACCAGAAUCGCGUUGGAAACGUCAUUGAGAUAUGCGAUUCAGUUGAUUACGACCGCUUCUCUCGUUAGUCGGCGUAGAAAGAGUACAGAAGUCAAUAUCGAUGAUGUGAAGCGUGUGUACUCGCUGUUCCUCGAUGAAAACAGAUCUACACAAUUUCUCAAAGAAUAUCAAGAUGAUUUUAUGUUCAAUGAAAUGCCGGAAGAAUCUAUGGAAAUAUCGUAACAAUAGGUAAAUAAAUAGGAAACUUAUAUUUAAACGUUAUUUAAUAAAAGUUUAUUACUUUUCUUAAUAUCUAUAUAAUUCCACAAUAUUUCCUUAAAAUAUUAAAUAAAUCUGGGUAAACGCAGUGUACGUAAGCACGUAAUAUAAAA